UAGUAUCACAGUGAAAGUCACGGGGAUUCAUGGAGCGUUAGCUGACUUAUGUGACAUAUAUAUUCUGUUUAAGACUGUUAUUGAAAUUCCGAAAACCUCGCAAAUAUGUUUUUGACUGCAACGGUUUUAAUAAAUUCCUGUCGGAUUAUUGUGCCUGCAGGAAUAUUGUUUUCUGUUUCGCCCAGUUAUUACAUCGUGUGGCUUGCGUUCCGUUCACUAAGCGUUGCGUUGCCAUCAAAAGUCUUCAAGAAAGGGGACGAGUUUUUGUGGUCGACAUAUCAACGAGUUGUUUUGUUCUUUUUUGAAACCCUAACAGGGGCAAACAUUCAUAUUGGUGGAGAUUUGGAUGUGCUGUUUGGCAGUGCUAAAAAUGCCAUCUAUAUUUCAAAUCAUCAGUCUGACUUGGAUUGGAUCGUCUCAGACAUGCUGGCAAUACGACAAGGGUGCCUGGGAAGUAUUCGAUACAUUCUGAAAAACGAAUUGAAGAUGGUACCUCUCUAUGGGAAUUGCUUCUAUGAGCAUGGAUGUGUCUAUGUGAAGAGGAGCCGUGGUCAGUUUAACCAGGAGAGGAUGCUUAUGCACCUUGAAGCAAUGAAGAAAAGAGGAAAUCCAGGCUGGCUCAUAAUCUUUCCAGAAGGGACCAGAUAUGAUCCUCUGAAGACAUCCAGCAUAGAAAAAAGUGAAAAACAUGCCAAAGAAAUAGGCUUACCUGUGCUCAGACAUCACCUGACGCCGCGAGCGCGGGCGACGCAGCUGAGUGUACAGACGCUGCGGGACGUCAUUGACGACAUCUAUGAUGUCACGAUCGUCUACGGCGACACGUGGGAUGCGCAGAAUGGUCGCCGCCGACCCGCCAUCAACAUGUUCAGUUUCACCGUAAAGCCGGUGGACGUCUACAUACACUUCAGGCGCAUCGAUGUACGAGACGUGCCAAACAAUGAGGACGGUAUCAAGCACUGGCUACACCAGCUGUUUGUGGAGAAGGACAGGUUUGUCUCCGGCUACUACUCGACACGCGAUGACGAACAGCAGUUAUUCCUAAAGCAGUUCCGCCGCAGCCAGCUGCCGUGGCAGAGCACGGUGCCGGCGCUCGUCGCGUGGGUGGGCCUGACGGCCACCGCACUGCUCACGCCGCUGGGCCGCACCGUGUACGUGUGGGGCGCGCUCGGCGGCACCAUCAUCGGCUACAGCCUGCUGCUGAUACGCAAGGUGUCGUAGAGAUUCGACGACGCGACGCCAACUGGGGGGAAGGGGAGUUGUUCGUCUUUCAUAAUUCCUUCUUUAACGUGCAUUUUUGCCAGCAUGGAUUCGGCGCGGGUCGUAGGGUUGCGCCGCCGGUUGUUUGCUCAUCUGCGACGCGCUCUGGUCGGGGAUUAGGAAACGCGUCGUCAAACAUAGGAGGGUGGUGCCGAGGGAUGCUACUGCGAUAAUACUAACAGACAAUAAAGCAUUUACUAAUUAUUGUUUUUAAAUUUACGGCAUAAUCAUCGGUAAACUAGCGAAAAUACCAAUUACCUAAGUAUGUAUACAGAUUGCCGUGUAGUGGUGUUGUGGUGUAUCCGUUUGUGUUAUCGCUUGGUUACUUGGCUGUUAUACGCAGCCUUGUUGCGUUAACUGUUUUAAGCUCCAUGUGUGUGUGCUUGGUCAGAUGCUUUUAAAGGAUAGCUUUUAGGCUCCCUGCAAUCCAUUGAAAUUGAGUUGCGAGUUUUUGUGAUGAACCAUUACAUGUAUUGUAACAGGAUGGCGGGUGUGUUAAAUGGCCGCGUGAAAGCAAAUGAAAAGCUCAGGCUUUGUUAUUGUGCCAAAGAGUGUUGAGAGAGUUGUUUCGUGUGAGGUAUGGAGGGUGAGUACUGUAUUUAAGUGCUCCAUUAUUUCUUCUAAAGCCGGUGAGUGAAAGAAACUGUUUAAAAUGGCAAAGGAGUUUUUCAGAUAAGUAGCUUCUGCGGUGAUCAUGCAUCAUGCAUUUAUGAAUUGUAGUCAGCUGGCAGUCGGGUAUGCAAUAAGUUAAUUAUCAUAUGCUGUUAACCUAGAAAUUCAUUGGUGAACAUGCAUAGACCGCGUUUCGGUUGCCUGAGCAUCCAAGGGACAAGCAAUCCAGGGGGACUGUUGUCAGAACUACAAUUAGUCCUAAUUUUGGUUUAGAUUUUUUAGUUUUUCUUCUAGUCUUACUCCUUGCUCUGUGACCGUUGUCAAAAAUAUCCGCUUUAUUAUGACUGGUAUCGUGAUGCUAUUCUUAAGUUUUAUCAUGGUCCUAAUUUAAUCGUAACAGAAUCUGGGACCAUUCUGACAAUGCCCCCCCCCCAAGUAAUUAUAAACAUUACAAUCUAAAUGUUGGACAUUGUUUACAGGCAUUCCAUAUUACGUACAGAGAUUAUUCCAUGACUUCCUAAUUGUGCGAUGGCAGUAUAGCUAUUUUUUGUGUUUGCACUAAGAUAUAUACAGUGCUAUGUGCCAAUGCUAUGUAGUGUGCAGUACCACGUGUAUGUGUAGUGUCCAGUGACAUGUAGCUGUGUGACUAAUCUAGUCCUCAAAUCUUACGUAAAUCUUCGAUCUGACAAGUGAAUGCUCGCUCACAUUUAGGUGCAGCGUCGAGAAAUGUGUUGCACGCAGUGCAUGGUUGGCACACGCACAGCCCUAAGUGACAUACACCUACUGCAUUAUAAAGUCUCUUCUAUAUAAAGACAUGAAUAAGGGAAUGUGUGAAGAAAAACAUACCGUGCGGGUGUCUGUAUGUAUAUAAAGAUGUUCGUUGAUAAUUACAGUUUGCCUACUGCACAAAUAUGUCUGAUGUUAUACUUAGUACGUAUUCAUACUUUAUUUGACUACGCAUUAAAAACGAUCUCGUGCAUGUUGGCACCUGGGUAUGGAUAGUGAGAUUUCGGAGCAGUUGGCGUAGCACAAAGUUGGAGGUAUAUACUGAAUUGGUGAUAUAGUAUAAUAAUAUAGGUGAACUGGCCAAAUUCACUCAUGCUAACUGUUGUGUCCAGCAACCGAUCACUUGACACAGUGCCAUGUAAUUGCAUUAGUCUGACAGAAAUGCAGGCGUGGCAGGAAUACGAGUAGUUGUGUGCUUUAUAUUUUAGCAGGAAAGCCGUGUGCUAUUGUUUUAAUGCAUUUUUUAUCAAUGGUUAUUUAGUAUUAGACUGUUUGCGAUUGUUUAGGCAAGUCGUAAAGAUUAGACCUGCGGUGGUAAUUCUGCAGAAACAGCACCCACAGAAGCUUGUAUCAAUAUAUAUAUAUAUUAUAUAAAUA